CGACACUUUCGCCUUAAGAAAGCAAAAACACUAUCAGACUAUCACAUCAUCGGACGCUAACACCUCCGCCGUCCCCACAUCUCACGCUUUCACAGAAAACUCUGGAAUUUAACGGCUGCUCCUCUCUCUCUCUGCUCUCUCUCUCUCUCUCUCUAAGUAGACACUUCCCAUCCAUCCAUUAAACCUACUACCAUAAAACAGAGCCCCGCCACAGAGUAAUACUAAAAUCUACUCAUUUACCAAAAGACUCCAAGAUAUUCCCAACGAAUCUUCUCUCCAAAUACCCAUUUUUGUUCAUAUUCUAUCUCCAAAAAAAAAAAAAAAAGAGAGACUUUCCAAUUUGCUUUCAGACUGAAAUUAAGACCACCCAAAAUGGGAGUUCAAGACUCAGAACAAGCAACUGAGGGCAUGGAGAAUCAGAAAGACAGUUCCUGUGAUUUGGGGAAUUCUUCUUUUCCUCUGGAAAGCAUUAGUGAGGAUGCCUCGGUUUCAAACAGAAGAUACAAUCCAUUUAAUCACUUCAUCCCAGCCCUUAGGUCUGGAGAGUGGUCUGAUAUUGGUGGUCGCUCCGAUAUGGAGGAUACUCACAUAUGCAUUACCAACCUAGCAAAGAACUUCGGUUACAAUGUACUUGAUGAGGAAGCUAUCUCCUUCUAUGGUGUGUUUGAUGGACAUGGGGGAAAGGGUGCAGCAAAUUUUGUCCGCGAACACUUACCAAGGGUCAUUGUUGAGGAUGCUGAUUUCCCUUUAGAACUUGAGAAAGUGGUCACAAGAUCAUUUAUGGAAACAGAUGCUGCCUUUGCAAAGUCAUGCUCUCUUGAGUCUGCCCUGUCUUCUGGCACAACUGCUCUCACUGCAAUGAUAUUUGGGAGAUCUUUACUUGUAGCGAAUGCCGGUGAUUGCCGAGCAGUACUAUCUCGACGCGGAAUGGUCAUAGAAAUGUCAAAAGAUCACAGGCCAUGCUGCGAUAAUGAAAGGAUGAGGAUUGAGUCAUUGGGAGGAUUUAUCGACGAUGGAUACUUGAAUGGUCAACUGGGCGUAACGCGGGCCCUAGGAGAUUGGCACAUGAACGGAUUAAAGGAAACCACCACCGGAAUGGGUGGACCCUUGAGUGCUGAACCAGAAUUGAAGUUACUUACACUAACAAAAGAAGAUGAAUUUUUGAUAAUUGGGAGUGAUGGGAUGUGGGACGUGUUUAGAAGCCAAAAUGCUGUGGAUUUUGCUAGGAGGAAACUGCAAGAACACAAUGAUGUCAAGAAGUGUUGCAAGGAGAUAGUGGAGGAGGCGGUGAAGAGAGGAGCUAUGGAUAACUUGACGGUUGUGAUGGUUUGUUUCCAUUCAGAGCCGCCGCUUCCUAUGGUGGUGCAGAGACCGAGAGUCAAACGGAGUAUUUCUGCGGAAGGGCUUCAAAAUAUUAAGUGCCUGCUAGAAGAAGGGUAAGAGUUUAUAUUAGUCAAGAUGGCAGAGGAGUCAAUAAUAAUACACAGCCGGUGAUGACGAUGAUGGCGAUAAUUGGCUAUUUUUCGGAUAUUUGUUGUAUACAGAUACAUUUAGUGGGGAGAACUUUCCUGUAUUGUUAGUGUCCAAUUGGGGUUCCAGCAUAAUGGAGAAUCAAGAAAUUGUUGGAUCGGAAAUAAGUGUUGUGUAUCUUUGGCAGUAGACUGUAACUUGCAUACAAAUUUUGUGAUUCUUGACUUCUUGUAUGGUCCUUGUUAACUUACGUGGUUAAUGAGCAGAGUACACCGAUCUUACACAGAUCUUUUUCAUAUUA